CCUCGGCAGGUCAGACCUUCCUCUCGCUGGGGCAGGACAGGGCGCGAGCUGCUGGGAGCGGGGCGCGAGGAAAGCCGGGCCGGGCCCCAGCCAUGGCGGUCUCUGCGUUCCAGCAGGGCAUGGUCUCAGUCGUGCUGCUGCUCUGCCUCCUCGUGGCGGUGCCCAGGCUGUUCGGGGGAGGAGGAGCAGGGAGGACCUUGCAGGGGGGCAAGGCUGCCCCCGGUCACUACGAUCCCUCUCCGCAUCCCACAGACUUCUUGUUGAUUCGGUUGUCAAUAGGACAUCUUAAUGAGACAUAUGAUGGCUCUGAGGGAGUUCAGCAGUCACAUCAGAACUUCCUGAAUUCAGAAAGUAAAGCAUACCAAAGUUUUCAGCAGAUGAGGAAUGCAAUUGAAAAGGACAGGAGGAGUGAGAGAACUAGAGGAAAUGGCAAAGAAUUAGCUUUUACUCUCAUGCCUUUGUAUGCUAUUGGCGUGGGGGUGUUUGCAGCAUACAAAUUCCUAAAGAUGAAAUCCCAAGAAGGAAGUCCUUCUAAGAAAGAGAAAAAUACUGAUGACAAGGCAAAAGAAACAGAGCAUCAGCUUUUGGAACUGGAGCAGCAUCUAGCACAAACAGAGAAAAUUUUAAAUUCUUUAUUGACUCAGUUAGAUCCACUGUCAAACUGUGUUAAUGCUUUGGCUUGUGAACAGAAAGAUGAAAUAUUGACACAGCUCCAGUCCAUUAGACAGCUGAUGAAGGAAAGUGGAUUGGAUAAAUCAGAAACAAAACUAAAAGAUGUUAAUCACACAUGUAAUGACAAACUUGAAGAUCUCAUUCAGUCACUUGACAAACACACUCAGGAAAAAACAGAUGACAAUGAAGAUCACAGUAUUAAAGAUCUGCUGGAAGAUACUGAUGAUGGUUGUUACAGAAAGGAAGAGCAUGAACUGUGUGAUGAUGAAUUCACUUGUAGUCAGCUGGUUGAGCCAAAGGUGAUGAAAGUGCAAGAAAUAACAAAUAAACAGACACUGGAAUCAGAAGAGACUGAAUUAAGGAGACGCAAUAAAUAUGAAUUGAAUAUUCAUAUAUAAAAUGUUCAAAAUUAAAUAAUUGUUGCACAUAGAAUUGUAUGCAUUUUUUUAAAAUGUUCUAUCACUUGUAUAUUCUUUAAAAGUAGAGGUGAAAUCCUGCCCCGUUCAAGUCAGUGGCAGUUCUGCAGUUGACUUCAGUGGGUGGCAGGCUUCAUCUAGAAUGUUUACACAUAUUUUCUAUUUAUUUUUCCUAUAGAAAAUAUUUCUGUACUGCUUGUAUAUCAUACACUGAAAUUACACACGGUGCUUCAUUAAAGCAUCAAGAUUUCUUAAUGCAAUAUUUGAUUUCAUACCUAAUUAAAACUAAGAGGAAUUGAUAUAAUUUGUAGUGAUUAUUUUAAAUAUAGAAAUCCUAGAGUAAUUGUCUUUCUGGAAUUGUACAUGCAAACUGAGGAAAGUAACUUCUGCAUGUCGUUUUUUUAGAUACUUAGAGGAACUCAAAAUAAUUCUGAUUAUAUUUCUGUACCUUUACAAACCCUGUAGGCAUACUGUCAUACUCUCUUGAAAGAAAAUCAAAAUGAGUAUUGUAGGGCUGUCCUUUAAAUAAUAUCAUUUUAAUAACUCUUUAUCUGUAGAACGUUAUAUUAAAUGUAAUUCUCUUGCAUAAUCAA